GUAACAGUUAACGUUAGACAAGGUCAGACGAUUGUCAACACGUCUGCGUAUGGCAUUUUUUGCGAAGGAGUGAGGGUGACUGGAGAAGACUAGCCAUUUCAGACACCACCACAACAAGUGGAGGAGACCCAGCACAAAGUAGCCAUUAAUCUCCAGAGAUUCCACCAUAACAUCAGUGUCCGUUAGGAGCUCACCUGGAUAGAGAAGGUGUAUAUUUCAUUGAAUGUCAACCACUCAAGGCUGAACUAACUAACGGAAGAAAAAGACUGUUGAAGGUGACUGUAAAACAGUUGAACAUCUGGAUCUAGAGAUUUUGAGGGAUUUGAAGAGUGGACAUUCUGGGAUUGUAUUUUCAAUCGGACGUCUCAGAAUUGUAUAAAAUACCAAAUUCUGAGAAUUGUAAGGACUUUCAAAUAUAAAAGUGAGUGAGAAGGAAGCAAGCAUUCAUCAAGUGGUAGACACUGCUAAUACGACAGUCAGACAGAGGUCCACUGUUGAUAGGCAAACAUGUGGAUACACAAGCCAGUCUCCAGGGCUGUUCUUUCUGCCUUCUGCCACUUGGCUCUAUGGCUAUCGCAGGAGUCUGAGGCAUGCCCAGGAGACGAGCUCCCACGCGAGCUGUUGCUGGGCUGGGUGAAAACGCGGAUCUUGGAGGGUUUGAGGCUAGAGGAGGCACCAAAGCUGCCUGAACAUCGACCCCAAGCGGAGAACGCAGAGCCUGAACAUGCCCUCCGGCGCCGCUCUCGGCACAGUCGGGGAGACCUGGGAGCACACAGCAGUAGGCAGCGUCGAGAUAUUUCUGAGGUCAUUCUGUUUCCCACUUUAGAUUCCACUUGUGUGAACUCACCAGACGAUCCUUCCUCUUCCUCCGAGACUCCAGCCAACGGCUUCUUCACUUACUACUUCCAGCCCUCCUUGGACAACAAGGAAACUAGUGUUACCUCAGCCCGCUUCUGGUUUUACGCGGGAGAAGCGGUCAACGCUCCCGUUUAUAUUCUCACUACUAGACAGGAGCUGCUGAAGGUUUCUGACACCCCGAACAAACGCGGCGAAGACGGUUGGACCAUUUACCACUUGGAGAAAGAUCUCCACCAAGCCGUGGCGGAGGGCCCAUUCAUCCUGCAGGUGCGCUGCUCGGAGUGCGCGUGUCUGAGUUCUGAACAAGACAAGACUCCCUUCGUGCACCUCCACACGAAGCCUAAAAGUCCGGAGCGGACCCGUCGAGCGCCCCUCAUCCCGUGGUCGCCCGCUGCACUGGACAUCCUCCAGCGGACUUCAUCGGAGAAGACAGACCCCGGCAACGAUUGCCACCUCCAGAAGAUCGAAAUCUCAUUCGCUGAGCUGGGCUGGGACAACUGGAUCGUGCACCCCAAAGAGUUCACCUUCAACUACUGCCAUGGCACCUGCGCAAACUCCCAGCGCAGCCAGGUACUGGGUAUCAAGCAGUGCUGCGCCCCUGUGCCGGGAACCAUGAAGUCCUUGCGUUUCACCACUACCUCUGACGGAGGCCUUUCCUUCAAGUAUGAGACGCUGCCGAACAUCAUACCCGAAGAGUGCACCUGCAUCUGAUUAGUCACGUUCACCUUUCUACUUUUAGUUGAAUCAAAACAGGGUUAUAGGUGCCAUCAUUGUAGAGUUGCAGACGUGUUGAUUGACGCUUGUUUCAAAUGUUGUUUUUAAUUAAAGAUUUAUAUUAGACCGAAAGUGUGUUGUUCCU